AUGCGCUGCGCCGUCUUUCCCGCCCUCGUCGGCCUCGUCGUCGUUCGUGGUCAGAUAAUUGGCCGUCAGAUGGCGACUUCAACAGUCACAGCCUACGCUCACCCUAUGACCUUCUGGCCUCUCGCCCACCUCGCUCCCGCCGCAACACCGCUAACCUACGACGACCCUCCAACCGCAAGCCGAGUCCGCCCUAAUAAUAUGCCCCGGGAAGAGGACGUAGACGCAUCGAUACACGGAUAUGGCUCAUGGGCGCCUUUAUCCCCUUCUUCCUCUUCUUCUUCUCCUUCUUCCUCUUUAAGCGUCUCUACCGCUCUCACAUCCCCUUCACUUCCCACAGCGACCACCACCUGCAGCUUAAUCAAGGGCUCAUACCCAACCUCUACACUCCCGGCAUUCUGCCGUCCAACGCUCUUCGCCAACGCGCCGUCCCUCCUCGCAUCAGACCCGCCGCGCUCGACAGCCGUCGUCACCAUGGGCGCUAACAGCGUUCAGGACAAAGUGAGCUGUUGCGCGUACUGCGCCGCGUAUUAUAAUUGCUAUGCCUGGCGCUUUGUACCCUCGUAUGUGGGGACCCCGUCCGAGAGAUUACCGGGUGGAUUCGAUCCAUGGAAGCAUGGGAAUUGCGAGAUUGCGUAUCAUGUAGGUACGAACGAUGGGGAUGGAGAGGGAGAAGGGGAGGGGGUGACGAGGAAAGGGGCGCCGGAUAUUUGUCCGAACGGAAGGCUGAAGGAUGUUAUUAAUGGCACCAUGAAUGCUGGAAACGAUACGUGGAUGAAUGGAUUGUAUUAUAACGGGUGGAAUCAGGGUGCUUGUGCGGACCUCGGGGGUGUCGUGUUUGAGACUGGGAGGGACCCUGGUGUUGGGGAUGGGAGUGGGGUUUGUCAUGAGUAG